ACGUGGGUGAGGAUCCCGACCCGCGAUAUGACGAUGCGUGUCGCGACGUGCGAAACGGCGACGCUGGAGAUUGCGAAGCGGGAGCUGCCGACGCGGGAGACGGCGACACCGCGAAUGGAGACGUGGGAGAUUGCGACACGAAGGAGAUGGCGACGCGAGGGAUAUGUCGACGAGGGAGAGAGAGCGAAGCGAGGGAGACGCCGGGGAGACGGCAGGGGAGAUGGCGACGAGAUGGAUAUGGCGCUGGCAAGGGCGGAUUCUGCGGGCGCGAGAGGGGCAUUGUCCGCCUUAUGGGUUGGCGACACCUACAAUUGCCUGCGGCUAAAGCGUUCUGAUGCAAAUUCGCGGAAUGGCCCUACCAUCAUUCGAGUGGCGGAUACAUCCGCGUGGGCCCCGUGAAACAAAAGUGGGCGGGAAAA